GCCGUUGUCAACAAUAGGAAGACGUAAGUUACAACCAUUGACGCAUUCAUUCCUUUACUGACAUCAGGGCACUUAAUAGGUAUAUUUUGAUUCUAUAUAGGUGAAAAGAGAUUAAUGUACGUUAUGUAUAUCUGCCUAAACUGCUACAUACAUGUACUCUGAGUUUGAACCUUCAUGAGAACUGUAUACCGUACAUAUAGAUGGUGAAAAUUUCAUUGUUGAGGAAGAUAUCUAUGUGAGUGGAUUGUUUUGGAUAUACAGUAACAAUUUCCUGUUAUGAAGUGGUUAUGUACUUGAACUCUGUACCAUGAUUCAUUCUCAUGCACCAUCACCUAUGUGUAAUUUGCAUCAUAUGUGGAAAUUUUAGUGUCAGACACUAAAAUUACCAGUGGCAUUUUAUCAUGUCACAUAGAUUUCACAAGUGUGUGUAAAUAUAUGCUGAACCUUACUGAGUAUCUAUAUAUAUAUACCCGUAUAUAUACGUACAAAAGUCUGUAGCUAUAGGUUAUAAAUGUACAUGGGCCUAUAUGUACAUGUUUUUCUUCUUUACAUAUCAUACUGUACAGUACAUAAAGGAAAUCAUAUUCCUUUGCGGAGUAAAAGAUAUUGAAAGCAGGUGGUUCGUCUAGCCAUCAGUCUAGUGAUGUUUAAGAUAACAGCUAAGUUUGUGGAUGCUACCAAUGGUGGUAUGCGGAUGGCUCACCGUGCUCUGACCACCUAUACUCGCUAUGCCUACUACUCUCUCACGGACAAGAAAGGCAGGCCAUCUGGAAAGAGUGGCAUCCGCUCCUCAGAACUGUAUGAACCUCGCUAUGGUUUGGAUCAUGAUCGUCCAGAAGAUUUUGUUCUAUCACAGUGGAGUGACAACCCGGUGCCUUAUGCCAUAUACAGGACUGCUGUUGCCUUAUACUUCUCCAUCAUGGUGUUUUACACAGCCUUUGGGGGUAACCUUGGCUGGAAGAUCUUCAUUAUGCUGACUUACUGGUCCUUCUAUAUCCUCACCUUCUGUCAGAUUCUCCGUGCUGUCAAUGUCUGGCACUACAUCGCACUAAAGAAGGAAAAGAAAGAUAUAAAUGCAGAACUGCGGAAUGCACCACGGAUCAAGCUUCAGUGGCUACUACACAUUUUAACUGCUGGCUCUUCUCAAAUAGUUACCAUUUUAUUUUGGACCAUUGCCUAUGAUGGUUCUGGAUAUACAUUGAUAAAUCUAAACAGCCAUGGUGUUAACGCUGUUUUUGUGUUAGUGGAUAUGCUUGUGACAAGGACACCUAUACGACUUCUACAAUGUAUUUACAAUAGUGUAUUUGGCUGCAUUUACAGCCUAUUCACCGUCUUGUACUUUCUAGCAGGCGGCACAAGUCAUCUAGGAAAUUCAUACAUUUACAAGCCACUGAACUACGGAGAAAAACCUGGCGUUGCUUUGGCCUACAUCAUAGUAAUAGCAUUACUAGUCGGUCCUCUCAUACACAGCAUGGUGUUUUUCCUGUAUAGGUUUCGAGUCUUCAUUCAUAGAUUUUUGCGGACCAUGGACAAGCGUCAUUCAAUGACAAAGUGAAGAUUAAUUGUUUGUAAAUAUGUUAUUUAUUUUGACUCCGGUUUUUGUUUUUUUCUUGCCAUAUGGGCUUAAUACAAAAUGCAAAAGUGAAACCCUAUUUUGAUUUUGCUUUUGCAAAAUAUUUUUGUACAUGUAUAUAUAUUCCAUGUAUCUGGGUAAUAUAUUUUGUGCUCAUUUCCGCAAAUCUUGAAACUUAUCAAGAUUUUGAUAUCUGUGCUUUUUGUGAAUCUUUAUCAAUUGCUGCUGUAAAUAACUGGGUAUAAUGGAGUACUCCUGAGAUUACAAUGUGGACCGAUGUUGCAUGGUUACUCAAGACUGCUGUUAAUGGGCAGAUUCAUCACAGUUAAAUGAGGUGUAUUAAAUAUACUUGACAACAUUACCAAUUUUAAAAGCUUCAUGUGCAUUGAUUUGACAUUUGUCUUUCAUGUUGUCUUAUUUGUUCAAAUAUAAGGGAACAAUAAUUCAUUUUGUUGAUAAUAACUUCCAAAAUAUUUCAUGUUUAUAAAAAAGUGCUUAUAAAACCAGAAUACAUGUAUUUUUUAUGCUCUGGUAUCGCAAGCCUCACCUGUCAAUUCACCCAUCAUAAUCAAUUACCGGUAUAUAAUGGGUGUAUUGACAGGCGAGGCUAGUACCUGUCCUGGUAUCAGGUAGAUCUAUAGCAGACAGUCAGAUACUUCAUUGUGCUAUGCUGUAUUCUUUAACAUAAUAACAUAUGAAAGAUAAUAUAUAGAAAUAUAGAUUGGAAAAAUUGAAGAGAGAAAAAAGAAAGAAAAAUUACUUGUACUCUAUGGUGUAAAAGUCUAUACAGGAAUUCUUAUAAAUUCAAUUAAUUGUAUAUGUGCUAUGUUUUUGCGAUUCCUUCAAACUGGAGAGAAAUCAUAUUUAUAUUCUUGUUGAUGUUUUUAUAUGUCUGUUUGUCCAGAAAAUUUGACAAAUACUGCCGAAUUCUGUAAUUAUGAAUUGACCUGAUCCAAGUUAGUAUUGAUAAGCUUAAAAAAUCUCUACUUUGUAAUUUUAGAUCUUAAUUCACUUCAAAAUUAUCCAAUAAUAUGCUUUGCCACUUUUGAUUUAUGCACAGAAUUGAGUUUAUAUUCAUUUUGCUAAGGGUUGGACAAAAUUUCAGAUCUGUGAUUAAAAUACCAAUCAAAAAUAAUCUGGUAGGUCAGUUUUUUACUAUAUCUGUUUCCUAAAUGUUUGUGCUUUCUUGAAGUUUUAUACACACCAUAUAUUUUCUGUAGAGUGUACGUAUCAUAUACGCAUGUAUGCCCAUGCCUUAUACUGUAUUUAUACUAUUAGUCAACCUUAUGAGGCAUUUUUUGCCAUAUCAAUGCAAGUGAUUUAGCCAUGUCGGAGAUGUUUAUUAUUUGAGAUUAUUUUGCUGGUGUACUGCUAUUUAUAACAUAAUAUACUUUUACAUAAUGAUUAUGUUUUGACAGUGAAGUGACCUGUUUUUUGCCAUGUUUACAUGCAUGUAUGUGUAAGGAUAUGAUCCAAGAUAGCCAGUAGAUCUAUGUUAUCUAUGCAAUAGAAUUCAAGGUAAAAUGUUAAAUAGGGUUAAGAAGUUAAUUGGCACAGUGGUAGCACACUUGCCUUUCACGUAGGUGGCCAGGGUUUUGAUUCCCCAAUCAAAUGUGAAAAGGUAUGGGGUCACCUGCCCAACCACACAGGUUUUCCCCAGGUACUUUGGUUUCCUCCCACAGUAAGACCCCAUGCGCGCUCCCACCCGGGCCAACAAGCAUUAUUUACAUAAGUUGAUAUAACUUGUUUCGCCAUAUUGUUGUAAAGUAGAUAAAAAAUACAGUUGAUUUCUUUACACAAAUUCAACAGCUUAUACCAUUGUAUAGAAUAAAUUGAUAUUAAAUUUAAAAUUUGAAUCUCAUUAUAAUAGUGCUUUUACGGAUCUUUAGUGGUAUUUCUGUGUCCUAGUACAUAUAAUUACUAGUAAAUUUGAUAUGCUUUAGGCUUUAAUCUAUGCAGGGAGUAAAUUUAAUGUGUUCUAGAGCUACAGCAUUAACUAUGCCUAUCUGCAAAGUCAUUUAACUGUGAAUGGCUCCAUUAAAAUUGUAACUGUGUCUGAAUAAUUGAGUCAGAUGACCCAAAUGUCUUUUAGUUUCCUUACGAUCUGAAGUUGAUAAAGAAUAACAGUGAUACAUGCUGUAUUACAUGUAACAGCUAUUAUAUACCAGGAGUGAAGUUAAGGGUAACGCCCUCUACCACAGGGACUUGGCACGAAUCUCCAUCCUGUUGGUUUUUGUGCCUGGUCCCUGUAUACCAUACAAAGCUCUUGAUAUGGUAGCUACAUUACAACAGUAUUAUAUGUAUGCUAACAUGUACAAUUUUCAGAAGUGUAUAUAUUGGCCAAGUCAGAGUUGCACUGAUUGAUAUGUAUAUUUAGCUGACUCAGGUAACUAGUGCUGAUAUUACUGAUAUAAUAUUAUGUAACACAUACAACAAUAUUAAGACCUUAUUGAAAUGGAAAAAAUAAAAUAAAAUGAUGAAAAUUACA